AUGUCUUAGUUAUAUACUGAAAGUUCAAGGGAAAUAAUGAAUAAUUUAAAAUAUGUAAAUUUAAUCAUCACAAUAUUCAUAGCUUAUAGAGGAGCUAAAAAUGGCUGAAUCAUGCAGUUUAUUUAGAUCAAAAUAAGAAACACUAUUUGAAAAAUUAUGUUAGUAAGAACUAAUUAAGGAAAUUGUAUAAAUGUAUCAACAUUAGAGUAAAGAAUUUGAGUUAAAGGAAAUUUCGAUAUAUGAUAAUGGAGUUGUUAUAGAGAGUUUAUAUAUUGAAUUGAGCAAAUGUUAUCAUGAAAUCAAAUUUACAAAAACAAACAAUUGUGAUGGACUAUAUGUGAUCAUCUUGCAGAAUAAUUAAGGCAAAGAUUUUAUUAUUUCAAACAAUGAAUAACAGAUGAAGAGAAUUUAAGUUUUUAUGAAAAGAUUUUGUAUAAAUAAGAAUUUUUUUGGAAAAUAUCAAUUAUUACAAAAAAAUUGCUUGCCAAUAUCUUAAGCUAUCAAAGUAUAAUUAAAUUUGUAUAAUAGAAUAAAAGCGAAGAGCAUUUUACAUAAGUUUAUGAAAAAAAACUAUUAAAAGAUCUUAAAGAAUUCCAAAUAUUUCAUAAUUCCAUUACUAUAAUGCAUGCUUUAAAAAUUAAGCCAUGUUCUCCAAAACUAUUUGAAGACAAUUAUAAGUAUUAUAUUCUUGGAGAAAAGAUGAAGCUUUAAUCAUUAGAAACCUUGCUAUUGAAUGGAUUUGAUUUUAGAGAAAUCCCCUUUGUAUCAAUUAUAUACAUGAUCUUAUAAAACUUAAAGAAGUAUCAACAAAGAAAUAUUUAUCAUGGGAAUAUUAAUCUAUCAUCUGUUUUCAUAAACAUUGAGAAUGAAACCUUAGAAAUAGUUAUUCUUUUUCCUAGAUAUGUUGAGAAUAGUAAUUACACUAUCGAAAAUGAUCUUUACAAUUUGGGAAUAUUAAUAUAUCAAAUUACCUUUUAUACAUUAACAAACAGAAUUAAAUAAUAUGUUGAUUUAGAUUUGAUAAAUAGAAUUCAUAACUAAAUGGCUGAUCAAAAUUAUUAACAUAAUCAAUAUCAAUUUUUAUAUAGAGUUAGUUAAUUAGAUCUCAUAAAGCAACUAUUGUCACCAAAUAUAACAUUAAAAAGAGCGAUAAAACAUCAAUGGUUUAUUACUAUACAAUAAAAUAUUAAACAAUAACAAACUCAUAAAUAGUUAAACCCAAUAUAUUUGCCAACUAUUGUAGAGAUUAAUGAUUCUUUAAUUAUAUCUUCUUCACUUAAUGAUGGAAGAAUAGCAAAUUUGAAUCAUCAAUAAUUUUAAUAAGAGCAAGGUAUUAAUUAACUUAAAAAGAUUUAUAGAUCUAGAAGAAUAUUAACCUAUUUAAUGUUAAACUAUUAAUACAAUAAGGAUGAUACCAUCUAAAACGAAACAUGAUGAGGCAAUUUAGUGUCUCAUAAAAUCUAAAACAGUACCUAAUUAACAAAUGAAAAGAGCUUCUCUGCCUGAAAUUAUAAAAUAAACAACUGUAAAAUGA